AACAAAUUAUAUAAUAUCCUUUCUAGAUCUGAUAAUUACGAACCUUACAAAAAUCAUCAUGUCUUCCUCACAUAUUGAGUUCACCUCCUCCAUCCACCUGAUCCUCAUGACUUUCGCUCUCCUUCUCCAAACCGUCUUUGGAGCCAGCCCUCUCUACCAUUUCUGCUCAAACUCUCGGAACUUUACAAGCAGUGACCCAUACGAAUCAAACCUAAGAAAGCUCUUGAGUGUUCUGAACUACAAAACUCCUCCUCAGGGUUUUGCUCUUGGUUCUUUGGGUAAGUAUCAAUACCAAACUCACGGUCUUGCUCUCUGUCGAGGUGAUGUUAAUGCCAGCGAAUGCAAGACUUGUGUCAACGAGGCCAGCAAUGAAAUUCACAAACGCUGCCCAUAUAAUGAAGGUGCAAUUAUCUGGUACGAUAAUUGUCUUUUGAAGUACAUGAACAAAUAUUUCUUCGGCCAGAUCGAUAACGAAAACAAGUUCUACAUGUUGAACGUGAAAAAUGUAAGUAAUAUUAAUCCCCAAGUAUUUAACCAACAAACCAGGGAUUUGUUGAGCCGACUUUCCAAGGAAGCGUCUGGCAACCCAAAAAUGUAUGCAGUUGGAGAAGUAGAGAUCAUGGGAGAUCAAUCGAAGAAGAUCAAACUCUACGGUUUGGCACAAUGCACAAGGGACCUUUCGAGAACUAAUUGUUUCAAGUGUCUUGAGGGUGCAAUUGAUGGACUUCCUCGGUGUUGUGAUGGGAAAGAAGGAGGGAGGGUAGUUGGGGGAAGCUGUAAUGUUAGAUACGAGAUUUACCCAUUCGUUCAUUAAUUAAUUAAUAGCGCUUAAUCAUUAGAUCAUUUUGUAAUGCAUGCUCUAUCUCGAUCUAGAGUGUGAAAUAAAACAAGUUAUAUAAAUAUAUAUAUAUAUAUAUAUUAUCAUCAUGUUUUGCCUGUCUAAUUCAUAGAUCAAUAAAAUUUAGUUCUGUCGUUCAUUAA